AUGGCAAUAACAAAUCUUUUAGAUGAGGCAGAUAGGCAUUCGGAAGCCAGUAUACAUGCUACCUCCAGGACAAAAAUCAUAUUUGUUGUUGGUUUAUUUAUACUUUCACUAACUGCAUUUGUAUGCCAAACAGAAUUCACAUCACAAGCAUACAAGCUAAAAUUCAGCGAGCCUGUUUUGCUAUUGGCCGUGACUCAUGGGUCAUGGUGGCUCUUGUGGCCACUUCAAGUGUUGUUUGUUUCAACUUGGAGGACGAUUGGUAAAAUGAGCCAACGCGACAAAUCAGUCAAAGUGAAUACAGCAAUGGGGAAUAUACAAUAUCAAAGACUAAAUUCUAGCACGGGGCUUCUUGAAGAGCAGGAACAUCCACAGCAAGAAGUUCCAGUGCAGCAAGUGAACUACUGGAAGUAUUUCAAAAAAGCAAUUGUUAAACAAUUUCACAAUGUCUACCACACAUCAGUCCUUAUAUAUGAGGCCAAUGUAAAUGAAAAUAGGUCGACAAAGCAUCUCAACGAAAUCAUAGAGAGUAAUGUCCACAUUUCAGGCUCUAGUUCAAUCACGGAUUGCAUUCGCACGUUUUUUCAUACACCAUCGAUCAAACAUAUUUUGUUCAAAACGCUCAUUGUGACAACUGUGCUCACGUUGGCUGGAUUUACCUGGUACGGAUCCAUGUCGAUGACCUAUGCAGCUGAUGUCACUGCGAUUUAUAAUUGUUCAGCAUUUACUGCAUAUGCUUUUGCAAUUCCAUUAUUGAAUGAAAAGUUUUCUUGGUUGAAGGUAAACUCAGUCAUAAUAGCAUUAGUUGGAGUGUUUGUUGUUUCAUACUCCUCCAGCAGUGAUAUAGGUGAGGACAAUGGUGAAAAAAAUCCGUACCCAUAUAGAUUCUGGGGCAAUUUACUUAUAUUCGUUGGGGCAAUAUUGUACGGUUACUACGAAGUAUUGUACAAAAAGUAUCUCUGCAUACCAGCCCAUUUAUCAAAAAUCAUCACACCAAGAAGACAACUGACGUUUGCAAAUUUCAUCAUGGGUAUAAUGGGAGCCUAUACAUUGGCAUUUUUAGCUCUUUUAAUAGCAGUUUUACAUUUCACACACAUCCACAGGGUCAAUUUUUUCAAUUAUGGAGAAAACACUGGAACUAUAUGGCUUUACAUUUCUGGCUCGAUAGUUAGUAAUCUCCUAUUCAGCGCGGCUUUUUUGUCACUCAUGGCUUUAACAAGUCCAGUUUUGUCUUCGGUGAGUUCUUUGACAACUAUUUUUCUUAUUGGUAUAGUUGAGUGGGUUGUUUUUGGCAACGCAUUGGAUUUGCAACAAUUGAUUGGAGACUCGUUUGUCAUUGUUGGUUUUGUAAUGUUAACGGUUGCAUCGUGGAAAGAAAUCAGUGAGGGUAAUGAGGACGACGAUGUUGAAGCAGUGAGUACCUAUUCAUUUGCGAUGAGUACUGAUGGCACGCAUUAG